AAAUACCAGGCCCGGAAAAUCCCGAAAACACCCUCGCUCGCCGCCGUCCGAAGGCGCACGCGGCACGCCUCCUACCUCCAACCCGAACAAGAAGCAGAGCACACGCUACGCCACCUCCAUCCGCGGAAUCCCGUCUCGUCCUCCUCUUCCCCAAUCGCCGCCGCUGGGGCGCAGAUCCCUCAUCCGCGCCGGAACCGAUCCCCCCUUCCUCUGAAAAUGGUGAUCCUCUGUGCCGGGCAUGUUGCUCCAUCAGUUCAUUCUAAGUUUCUGCCCGGAUGGCUACUGCUGAAUAACAGCCCGAGAAUGUAUUGCAAUGCCUUUCUGGAUGAAAUGAAACUUAAAAGGCGAAACAGAAAUCAGUGGGUAACUUCUUUCUCCAAAGGAUCUUCACUACAAGAUACUGUGCCCUCUGUAAAGCCUUCACGCCUUCUUCCAACAGAGGAGCUAAAGACAUAUCCCAAUACAGUUCCUGAGGACAUAUUUAGCACAAUCAGAUUGGAUGACUCUGAUGCAUUCUAUAUGCUAGAGCUUAGGACUAGUAGAGAAUUUAGUUCCUCUUUGCUGGAUAAAAAUUCUGCAAUGUUAAUCUGUUUAAUUGAUCUUGAUGGUGACUCCUUGUUGCAAAGAGUACCUGCAAUCUAUUUGGGUCAACCUACGCCAGGAGUAAAGGCAGAGCAAUCGAUGCCCUUCCAAAGUGGUUCAAUUGAUGCUGUGACCUUUAAGGGGUCUAAAUUGCAAAGGAUUAAAGAAGUCUGGAUCGGUAUAGAAUCAGGUUCAUGGAGAUUAGAUGGUUUGAGCUUGAAAGUAAUACAUGGACCGGUUGAUCCACCUAAAGAUAUUAGUGGAACGCAUGAACUCAAGUUUAACGGUUUGCAGUACACUUUCGAGAAAAUCAAUGUGCCUCUUGGAGAGGAUGGAGCUUCAGUAGCUGAAGCCAGGCCUGUGGCUGUUAUGGACCUGUCAGGCGUUAGCCUUUCUGAUCUUCAAGAAGGGCAGUUAUCGUCAGAGAACCCUGCUUCAGUUGUUAAGGAAUUGAAAGAGGAUGGUUUGAGACAAUAUGCUAAUCUUAAGCAAUCUUUGCUGCUCUAUGAUGCAGCUAUAGUGCUAACAGGUUUCUCCAUUUUCACCUUGGCUUCCAACGACAAUGCUGCUUACUCUUUCCUGGUUGGUGGAAUUGGAGGAUUCCUCUACCUGCUGCUACUCCAAAGGUCUGUCGAUGGGUUGCCUGUGAUUAGUUCGCCCUCAGAAGUAGGGAGCACACAGCCAUCUGUAAGUGGUUUCAGUGGCGUAAGAAGGCCAUGGUUGAUAUUGUCAUUGGUAAUGGUUGUGGGAGCUGUUGCAUUGAAGUAUGGUGCUGGCGGUGACAGCUUCGAGCUGACACCAACCGAGCUCUUUGUCGGCACUGCGGGGUUCCUGGCAAACAAGGUCGCAGUUCUUCUGGCAGCAUUCAAACCCAUGCAAAGUGAUUUGAAGCCUGAAGAUGGAUCUGGUGGCAGAACUUAAAUGCUAGUUGUAGUUUCUUAUACAAUUGCUAGUGUGUGUCAUGAUCUGGAAAUAUAGUGCUUGCGACUAGCAUCUUGGUAACUUAGUUCAAACACCAAUCUUCUGGACAGUCACAGGAAGGAGGUCACAAGAUUCCGAUUCAGAAUAAGAAGGUUCCAAUGGUAGUGUUACUCUGAAACAGACACAUGAAUGGUUCAGAUGAUGUACAGAAACAUGACCAGACUCAGAAAUCAGGAGAGUUCAGUCUUCAAGUAUCUCGACACAUGAAAAUCUAGCUGUCAAACACACAGAUGAAAAUCUACAUUCAGAUGAUAUGGCAUAGUUGCUAGCUCAAAAUACAAUCCAAAAUACAUGAUGAUUGUACCCGAACCAUAUACCCAUUACUGUAUAUAAAUCUGAUACCAUUGAAAUCAAUUUUUACAGUAUGUGAUUGGUAA